AUGGACUCGAUACAGAGAAGAAUCAUGAUUACGUCGCUUCCUGACAUCUCACUGUCGGAAAUGGAUUUCCGUGACACAUCAUUCUUUCAAUCGCAAGAGACGCCAGUCGAACUGCCCACGCCUGCCGAGAUCAUGCAGAAAUACCCAGAGAUAGGUGACGGCAGCGGCAUCGCUAGAUUUGACGACAUCAACCUCAUCGUCAAGCUUGGUCCUACAGACUAUCUCAGGCUGGAGGAAGUACAGACGAUGUGGGCCAUACGCCAGGUCUUUCCAAACGGCGAGAUUCCAGUACCUGAGGUGUUUGGUUGGAGAACAGUCGAUGACCGACACUUCAUCUAUAUGAGCCUGAUACGUGGGUCGACUCUACUGCAUGCAUGGGACCAUUUCACAGACGCAGACAAAGAAUGCCUCAGAGACCAGAUGAAGCAAGUUGUCAAAGACCUCAGAAGUCUUUCCCAGAGCAUCGAUCACAAUCACAAUCACUGGAUAGCUGCUGCGACUCGCCAGCGCCCCAGACCAGGAGGCCCGGUCCAACUAGAUCAUUCACGAGACUGGUUUUCUGACGAGGGCGAGAUCUAUUUCGCCCACGGUGAUCUCACUAUAAGCAACAUCAUCGUAUCUGACGAGCCUGGUGAUCCGAAGAUUGUUGGCAUUAUCGACUGGGAGCAGGCUGGGUGGUAUCCUGAGUACUGGGAGUACUGCAAGCUGCGUUACGGGGUGCCUGGCGAACACGAAUGGAAGGAGGAGGAUUGGGCCAAUGCUGUUAUGAGGCCCUUUGAAGAUGAGUACGAAGCCUUUAUGUGGUAUAGUGGAUGUCGAGGUUGUCCAUGA